AUGAGAUUGAAAGCGAGGAAACUAAAAGUUAAUUGUGGAGAUAAGAGUUAAAGGUAGGAGAUUUAAUUGAUGUUUGCCUAGAAUUACCAAAGUCUUGAACUUAAUAUGUAUGGCAAAUGGUCAAUCAAGAUUGCUUAAUUCUAAAGCUAAACAAAAGAAUCAUAUGAAAAAAAGAAUAGAGUCCAACAAAUGAUGCUUAUUGAUUCAUUUGAUUUAGCUAUAUGGAAUAGAUCUACAAUCAUUGAGAUCAAGGAGAAAUAUGAACCUUAAAUUAAACAAAUGAUUAAAAUGGCAUUAAUAGGAUAUAGAAUGUACUGCACUAACGGAAAUAAGGAAGACUAAACUGGAUGA